CUCUUCAUUUGUCUCAUUAUGUGAUAUCCACUCUCUUCUCUCAAGUUUUUCUACCCUCUGAAAAUUUUCUCUCCCCUUCCCAGCUCUCUCAAAAGAUUCUUUUCCUUCUCUCUUUCUCGAGAAAACUAUUAUGAUGUCAAGUAGUAACAAAGGAAAGGAAAUAGCACAGGGUUCAUCAAGAUCAAUCACUACUCCUGGUAGUGCUAAUAUUGAUCAUAGUAACCAAAACCCUCCUGUCUUGAGCCGGUAUGAGUCACAAAAGAGGAGAGAUUGGAACACUUUUGGUCAAUACUUGAGGAAUCAACGGCCUCCGAUGGCUCUAUCGCAGUGUAGCUCGAACAACGUGCUUGAAUUUCUCCGGUACCUCGAUCAAUUCGGCAAAACUAAGGUGCACAUACAAGGGUGUAUGUUUUUUGGUCAGCCUGAUCCACAAGGACCUUGCACUUGCCCUCUUAAGCAAGCUUGGGGUAGCCUUGAUGCCCUAAUCGGACGGCUUAGGGCAGCUUACGAGGAAAACGAGGGAUCACCGGAGACUAAUCCGUUUGCUAAUGGUGCUAUUAGGGUGUAUUUGAAAGAAGUUAGGGAUUCUCAAGCUAAGGCUAGAGGGAUUCCUUAUAAGAAGAAAAAGAAGAAGAGAAAUCCUAUCAAGCGUAGUGAUCAAGGGAGCUCAAACUUUGCCAUGCAGUAAUGGGGUUUGGGGAGGGGGUAGAAUUCGAAACCACGACCUAAUGGGUGCUUCAAGAUGUCAGCUUGUAAGUUUGUCAGAUCCAUCCUUAUAUAUAUGUGCCAGAAACCUAUGGUGAUCGAUCUUUCAGGCUUUACAGAUCGAGUAUGACUAGAUUAACUUGCUUUAUAUGAGAGAGAGAGAGAGAUCUAUAUAUAUAUAUAUAUACAUAUGUCAAUUUGCCAAGAUAAAACCCAGCAUGCAGGGCUUUGAAGAGGGUAAGUUCCAUUUUCAUUUAUAAUAUGCUUUCUUGAUAAUUGAAAAGCUUUGAAAUAAUUGAAUUAGUUAGCCACUCUAUUCCAUCCUUAUAUGUGUUGUAAUUUAUAUAUGUUCAAGUUUACUAAAAACCCAUUUGAAAUUGGUUC